AUGGACGUCAGCGAGCGGUUGGUGGCACGACGCGCGCACCUCGCCCCAUUCUGCCGCGUGGACGCCGUAAAGCAGCACUUACGUCUACAGAGCUACUACCAGUUGGCACGCCAGCUCUAUCGCCAAUCCGAGACGUACUUCGCUGAGGGCGCUUGGGAUAACGCCUACGUGUUCCUAGCCAAGUUUAUCAAACUGUGCUCCAAGGUGAUUACUGUCCACCACGACUAUGAGCUGCCUCGAUAUCGCAAAGAGCGUGAGUGGGUGCGGACGCAAGCUGCAGAAGGAUUCAAGCUCUUUGACGCGAUUUUGGAUGGCAUGGAAGCGGAGGAGCUCGAGUAUUUGGAGUAUGAACGAUCGCUGAACCCGGAAAAACAGCGAAAAACUGCGAGUCUUGUGACCGAGAAAGCGUCUGAGCAGGCGAAUAUGUCUGCGUUGGAAGCGCGGCUGCAUGCGAUGCGAUUGGCCAAGAAAAAUGCAGAGCAGCCGAAGGAACAGACAGCAGGUGCAGCGGAGAUGGAAGACGCACACACUGAUAGUCAACCAGCGGAGGAACGGAGUAAUACAGUGUCGUAUCCUACAGUGGGUAAAGCCUCCUGGAUGACAGCUGAUACCACGCAGCACUCUCACACGCACUAUUCUGCGCCACCUCUCAGUCGUCAGCGAUCCCAAGAAGCAAUUGCCAAUUUGACAAGUGGGAAGAUCCGUACACUGGAGAUUCCUUCAGGCAUCAUCGCUCAGUUCACAUUGCUGGCUUCCCCGAACACGAACCAGCCACCUUACGGAAUCGAGACGUGCGGCAUAUUAGCUGGAAUUCUGCACGAUCGAAAGCUGAUUAUUACGACACUUAUCAUUCCUAAACAAGAGGGGUCAUCGGACAUGUGCACUAUGACGAAUGAAGAGGAGCUUUACGACUUCUGCUUCAGCAACGAGCUACUGACCCUUGGCUGGAUUCAUACACACCCAAAGCAAGAUUGUUUUCUGUCAUCCGUCGAUGUUCACACGCAGUGUGGGUUUCAAUCGAUCUUACCUGAGGCUGUCGCUAUCGUCGUUGCCCCCAGUGAUCCGCGUAGAAACGUCGGAGUGUUUCGGCUGACUGAGCCAAGCGGACUGCAGCUGAUUCAAAACUGCAAUAUGACGGGGUUCCACACGCAUCCGAGUCACAUUGAAAUCUAUUCAGACGCCUUUGAGGGUAAGUGGCAGGAGCAGGUCACAGCGCAAAUAGUUGACAUGCGGUGA